AUGGAUAAUAAAUAGCCUUCUGAGCCUCUAUCUCCGCUCAAAAAAAAAUAGUAGAAUUCAGAAAAUCAAAAGAGACUAGAUUUAAUAAAAACUAUGAAUGGGUUUAGCGAUAAGAUUAUGAAUAAUCCAGGAAAGGUUGAAUCAGUUGAAUUAGUAUUAGAAGAAUUAGAUAGGAUGAAUUGCAUUUCACAUUUUAAAAAUCUUAAAACCUUAACAUUAAUUAAUGUGAACCUUUAUUAAAUUGAAGGAUUAGAAGAAUUGCAAUUAUUAGAAAAUUUGUGGCUUGACGAGAACCAUAUUUCAAAAAUAGAUGGACUUUAGAAUAAUGUCAAUUUGGUUAGACUUCAUUUAUCUAACAAUAAUAUAAAAUAGAUAUAAGGUUUAGAUAAUCUUGUAAAUUUAGAGAUAUUAUGGCUUUGUAAUAAUAGAAUAGAUUCUUUGCAAAAUUUACAAUCUCUAGAAAAGCUAAAACAGUUAUGGAUUGCAGGAAAUCAAAUUGAAGAAAUCAGAAUAUCUUUAGAUAAAUUGCAAAAUUUGAAUGACUUGAAUAUAUCAGGAAAUAAAAUAUGUUCUUUCAAGGAAGCAUUAAAUUUAAAUAGAUUGCCUAAUUUAAAAAUUUUAAGCUUUUACGAUCCUCAUUUUGGAGAGAAUCCAAUAUGUAAUCUCUGUAACUAUUAGACUUAUGUUCUUUAUCAUCUAAGAAACAUUACAAAGCUUGAUACUUUGUUUAUAUCUGAUGAAGCAAAGAGCUUUGCUGAAGCAACCUUCAUGAAAAAAAAAAUGUAUUAUAAUAUGCGUAUUAAAACAAUGUAGAGAAGCUUUUCUACUCUAGGAAAACUUAUUCGUAAAGCAAGAAAAAUUAAGCUUGACUCUCUUAAUGAAGAUAUUGCAAAUCUUUAAUUAAAAAUUAACUAAAUGUAAAGUUUAAAUUCUAAAGGGUCUGAAUUUUAAGAUUACAAAACAAUGUAUACAGAUAAAAUUGAAGAAAUUACUCAUGUCGAGGAAGUAUACGAGUCAAUGAAAAAAAAAUUAUACGAAAAUUCUUCAAUUUGUAUUCAUAAACUUAUUACAGAGCUCGAAACUGGUGGAAAUAUCAGAUUGGAAGAAGGUAAAAGUAAUGAAAAGUGGUAUAUUAGUUGUGAGGAUUUGAUAAAAUCAAGAUUCCACAAGGAAGACAUGAUUGGGUAUGGAAUUUAGGAUUUACAAAUAAAAAGAGUUGUGAGAAUUCAUAAUAGAUUCCUCAGAAAUAAGUUUGAAGAAAAAAUGGAAAGUUUAGUUGAUGUUAGCAACUCAAACUACAAAAAGAGUUUGGAGUACUUAUUUUAUGGAGUAGAUCCAAAUACUCCAUAGGAGAUAUACCACGUUUUAGAAGAGGGCUUUCGUCCUUAUAAUGAAUGCAAGCAAUUAGGUUUAUGUGGAUACACACCACUUGUAAAUAGUAUACUAGGUGCCGAUAGUGCUCGUCUAAUGAGUUUCCUUAAGAAUAAGCGUAAUCACGAAAAAUUCAAAAAAGCAUUCAUUAAACGUCGCUUUUAAGAUAGUCUUACCAUAUAUCCUCCUGGAAUGCUAUUGAUUUGCAAAGUUUUAAUGAUUAAAAGUGUUUCUGAUAAUAAAACUCCAUUUUUUGACCCAGAUGUUGCUCCAAGCGAUAUUUUUAGAAAUGCUCCUAUUGAUUCUAAACUUUUUUCUGAAGAAAAUACUAUCUAUAGAGUAAAAGAAAACGACCCAAAGCAUAAGUUAUGGUUUGUGAUCGAUAACAAUCUUGUAUUGCCAGAGUAUCUUGUAGAGUUCAAUUAUAUUCUUGCAAAUGAAAAUUAAAAUAAGAUUUCUGAUUUUGGAGAUCAAAUAGGUAUCCUAGAUAAUCCUGAAGAUGAAUUUAUUUCUCCUAAAAACAUUCAUAUUUACAAAGGAGAAUUAAAUAAUAUAUAUAAUACACUCUGUGAAGAGAUAAAUAAUUACCAAUUUGAAAAUAUAGAAGACUUAAAACAUCCUAAUUUGGAAAUAAAAGCUUAAGAUCUAGAUAGAGCAGAUAUAUCAUUAAUAAAGAUAACUUUACUGAAUUAUUUUAAAUAUUGUCUUUCAAGAUCUUUCUUAUACGAACUUAACCCUAACUUAUUAUAGGAAGCAGUCGAAUAAGAAAUUACUUAGGAUAUGGUUCUUGAACAAUAUCAAAAAAAUCCUGAAGAAAUUCUAUUCGUUAACUUAUCUAACAUGAAAAUAAGUGAAAUAUGCAUUUUCCCACAACUGAAAAAUCUUUAAACUCUCAUCCUUUCAUAUAAUAAAAUACUUGAGAUCAAAAACUUAGAUUACUACCCUCAUCUCUCAACUUUAGAUUUAAAUCAUAAUUAAAUUACUUCAUUGAGUGGACUUAGUAGCUUAGAAAAAUUAGAAAUAUUUGAUGUUUCUCAUAACGAUAUUGCUGAUAUCAAAGAAAUUACAUAGCUUUAAAGCAACAUCAAUUUGGUAGAUUUAAAGGUUAUAUUUAAUCCAUUUAGUGAGAAAAAAGAUAUUGUGAACGAUAUCGUUUAAAUACUUCCUUAACUUGUUUACUUAGAUAACAAAUUAAUUAAUAAGGAGAGUAUAUAAAGAAAUAAAGAAAAGAUUAUAACAGAAAUAAGUGAUGAUAUGAUAAAAGAAUAUGGAAAGAUUAUACAAAGCAGAUCGUUAUCUUAACUCGAACCAAACUGGAAAGAAACUAUAGAAAUAAUAAACUUAUCUCAUUUGAAAUUAAGAGGAAUAAAAGGUUUAGAUUAACUGGUUAAUUUGAGAUAAGCAAAUUUUAGUCAUAAUCUCAUUGAAAAAAUAGAAGGUUUGAGUAACUGCAAGCUUUUAGAAGAAUUAAGCUUCGAAAAAAAUAAAAUUACUAAAAUUACUGGGUUAGAAAACUUAAUUUAUCUCAAAAAAAUGGAGCUUGGAAAGAAUAAAAUCAAUUAAAUUUCAGGAUUAGCUCAUCUCUCAAAUUUAAUGCAACUAUCGUUGGAAGACAAUAUGAUAGAAUCUUUAGAGGAUUUCCCUGAAUUAAAAAAUUUGAUGGAAUUAUAUUUAGGUAAUAACUCAAUAACUGAGUCUAAAGAAAUUACUAAUCUUAAAGGAUUGCAAAAGUUAAUUAUAUUAGAUUUAUCUGGAAACCCUUUCUCCAGAGACCCCAAUUAUCGUAUAUACACUCUAUUCAUUAUCAAAAAGCUUAAGGUCCUUGAUGGUAUAUCAAUAGAAGCUAGUGAGUAAUAGCUUGCAAAAGAUUUGUUUACUGGUAGGUUGACAGAAGAAAUAUUAAUGUCUCGUUUGUAUGGAUAAUCAGCUUAGGAAAUAACUGAGUUAGAUCUUUCCAACUGCAAAUUAAGAGAUUUUGAUGAAGUAUUUACUCAUCAUAGCUUCCCUAAUUUAACAGAGCUUAAUUUAUCUGCAAACCUAUUUUAAUCAACUCGUAUGCUUGGAUAUCUGCCUAAUUUGAAAAUACUUAUUUUAAAUUCUAAUAAAAUUGAGACUCUAGCCUCUGUAACAGAUGCUAAUGUAAAAAAAGCUCUGAAUGGUUGUUAAAAUUUAGAAAUCUUAGAUAUAAGUAAUAACAACCUUAAAGAGUUUCAUGGUUUGUAAUUUUGUUUGCUCAGAGAGUUGAAGAUAUUAAAGGCAUAUAGAAAUGAAAUUUAUAAAAUAGAUUGCCUUGAGCAAUUAAAGUCACUUCGUGAAUUAGAUGUAAAUCAUAAUAAAGUUCGUCAAUUUGAUCCAAUGUCGUUUAUAGGAUCUAAUCCGAUCAAAUGCUUGAAGAUAGAUGAUAACGGUCUUAAAAAUUUUAACAAUAUAUAAAGACUUUAUAAGUUGUAGCAUCUUUUUGCUAAUUCAAAUAGAAUCAAUGAUAUUCCUGACAUUGAAAAAUUAUCAGAAUUGACAUAUUUAAAAGAACUUGAAUUAAAUGGUAAUGCCUUUUCUAGAAGACCUGGAUAUAGAGCUGCUGUCUUAAAGAAACUACCUACUUUACUUUAUCUAGAUGGAAGAGAGGUAACAAUAGAAGAAAGAGAGAGAUUAGAUGGAAUCCCUUAGUAAAUAGAUAAAGGAUAAAAUCUACCAAAUAUUCAUAUGCCUUCUAUGAAUAAUUAAAAAGGAUUUGUUUAAGUUAAAUUGAAUUCUAUAAACUUUGAUGGAGUAUUUAGUAAAAAAUUAAAUCAAGCAAAUUGGCCAAACUAGUAGUAAUUUUGA